CAAUUUAUUUUCGAGUUGUUGCGUCUGCUGAAUGCGUUCGUCUUGUAUUUCAUUGUUUAUUGACAACAACUGGUAUUUCUCAAUUUUCUGACAAGCCAAACGAGUUUAAUUAUUAACUCACGGGUCGUUACACGCGGCUUGGCGCGGUUAAUACCGCUUGAAGGGCUGGAAGGACAGUUUUAACAUUUGUGGUCCGUUUUAACGCUCACACCCAGCAGUGUUUAGAUUAAAACACGACGAAGGCAUGAGUGAAGCGUUCAAACAGCCUAAAGGAUGAAUCGCGUACAAGUGGAUUUUAAAGGGUUGCCAGCCCACAUCUUGGAGAACAGUGUUAGAGCAGAAACCCUUCAAAACCUCAGGUCAUCUGACAAUGUCCUUACUCCACUGACAUUCCCAAAGUCUAAAGUCUCUCUCUGGGAUCCAUCUCCCAGUGGUGAUGUUGUCAGUCUGCAUUUCUCAUAUUACAGGAAUCCGAGACUGUUACUUGUGGAAAAAGCAUUGCGUUUAGCUCACCGGCAUGCUAGACAGACAAACAAGCCUCGGUUUUUCUGUUUCCUGCUCGGGACGCUGGCAGUAGACAGUGACGAGGAAUGUGUGACGAUAACCCUAGAUCGUUUUGAUCCGGGCAGAGAGCAGACGGGAUGUCCUGGGAAAGCUCCAACUGCCCUUCUCCCCGGAGACAUCCUUGUGCCAUGUGUAUUUGAAGCACAGCAUGCUACUGGCAGCACAGUGCACUCGAGGGAGGAUUUGAACAUCUCGUUUAAGAUGCUUCAACAUUGCUGCUGCAGUAAAGAGAUUCUGGAGUUGUCCAAACUCCUCACCUUGCGAGCUCGUCUCAGCUGCUCUGAGAACAUGGACAGACUCACCUUUGACCUGUCCUGGGCGGCUGUCACUUUGGCCUGCAUGCUCGAUGCCGUCCCUGUCCGGGCAGUGCCCGUCAUCCCAACCGCACUGGCCAGGAACCUCAGCAGCCCUGCAGGUGUGACCCAAAACAGCAGGAAACGUGGGUUUCUUACCAUGGAUCAGACCAGGAAACUUCUCCUCAUACUUGAAUCGGAUCCCAAGGCUUACACUCUCCCGCUAGUAGGAAUAUGGUUGAGUGGUGUUACACACAUUUAUAAUCCCAUUGUGUGGGCGUGGUGUCUGAGGUACCUGCACAGCUCCGCCCUCCAAGACAGAGUGAUGUCGGAGGGAGGUGCUUUCCUGGUGGUUCUGUAUUCCCUGACUCACCGGGAUCCCGAGUUCUACCAGUGUAAGCCAUGUGUCGGACAGCAACAAAUGAGUUUUCAGCUGCUCACCAGCACAGAGUCAUUCACGCUUUACAAGAAUGUAGAGCCUUCAGAAGGACGUCCUCUACAAUUUGAGCUCAGUGCUGAGAACCAAAAUCAGGAAACUGUGCUGUUUGAGGAAGUGCUCUCCCAGACUGUUUUAACAGGGACAACUUUUGCAGCAUCUUCAGCUGCUCCACAGAAUAAAUUGUCUAUCAGUGAUCAUGACUCCGGUGUAGAAGAUGAAGACCUCUCUCCUCGGCCGUCUCCAAACCCUCAUCCUGUCAGUCAGCAGACUAGACGUGUUCAUCCUUCAGUACCAGAACUCUCUAUGGUAUUAGAUGGCAGCUUUUUGGAUGGGAGUGUUGUUAAUACACAAGACUCGACUCCUGUUUCUCAUAGCCUUUCGAAUGUCCAGCGGAGAAGCAUUAGCCCUGCCCACCAGGUCCUCUCAGUGUUGAGACCUCCAGAACAGGGUAGCGUCCCUGGACUUCCUCCAAUCCGUAGACCACUAACUCCCAUCCUCUCUCAGCCGAAAAACAAACUACAUCCAAAUCCGGCACAACAGACACCACAACCCAAUGUGAAUCGUAAAUCCUUGCCCUCAAUGAGAAGAUCAAGAGAAGGCUCGUCAGCAUCAUCUGCAUCAUCGUCUUCAUCCUCUUCCUCAAGGAACGCUGCUUCGCCCAAUGGCUCUUUUCAUCAACAAAGGCAGUGUUCUUCCCAAGGUUUCCUGACCAAACCCCAGCCGAUUUAUUCCGGACCCCCAACAUCAGCUCACAGCAGUGCCAGAAAGAGUUCAGCAAUGCCUAGCCAGACCCCCAUUCAUCAUCCGUCUCAACACAGGCUCUUCCAUAGCACCCCAGCUGCCAACCCUUGCAGCUGCUGCACCAACCAACCCAGCCACGUCCCCUUGUAUCAAAACAACACCUGGCAAGGGACACCAUGCGUCCCCACAGUCAACACCAACAAAGGUUUUGUUGAGCAAGUCCUGUCCUGUCAAACCCAGUGCUGCCAAGUCCAGUCUAGCCAGGUAGCAUGCUUAGACACCCCCAUGGGUCUCCUUCCUGCUGAUGCUUACAGGAUGCUUAUGGAUCAAGAGCGUCAGUUGAAGCUGCUUCAACUCCAGAUUCAGAAACUACUUGAGUCUCAGAGCAAAACACCUCCGGUAUCAUCUGCAGAACAUGACACUCAGCAGGAAAGAGACAAUCAGACACCCACAUCUCCACCGAAACGAACGAGUGUCAGUGUUGCUGUAGGAACAGGGGCUAGCUUGUUUUGGAACACCUCUCAGGAGGCCUCCACACAUGAGGCCCCAAAUCUGGAUUGGCAAACUGAGAUAGAGCCAAAGUCUGGAGGUCAAAAUGACAGUAUAGUCACUUCCAGACUCGGAUCCGAAAAUGCAUGUCAUUACACCGAAGAGCGCAGUCCAGGAUCUCCUCUACAUCCAACAUCUCCAAAACCCAACAUGUCAUCUUUCGGAGCUCAUUCGUUUCAGAGUCCAGUGUUGGGAGAGAGUGCUAGCAUGUAUUAUAACUCUCAGUCACAGAGUAACGAUCUGUCUGAAAACCGAGAAAUUGACAACCCAAGAUUUUACCAUGAACUACUGGGUCGGGUGCAAAGUCGUCUACAAGACUCCGCAAUUGUGGAAGAAAAGGUAGAGCAAGACCAACAGAGUGUCCCAAACAGACGAAGUCUGUCCCCUGUAGGCCUUCAAUCUAAGAAAUCACUGACAUCUUCCAUACCCCAAACUCAAAAAACGAAGCACAGAUCCAGUCCUACAUAUCAGGACCGUGUCUUAAGUGCAACAUUAAGACAGCUCCAACAGUUCGGGGUGAACAUAAACAUAGACUCUGCCCAGGGAAAGACGACACGUGCAACUGUGGAAAGUGCCAGUACCCUUGCCUGCAUUAACCCAGAGGCGGUGAUUCCAAGACUAGCUCUUUCUGAACCAGUGGGGACCAGCAUUUGGGUACCAAGCGGCAGUGUAGACCUUAGCCUUGAGGCCAAUGCCAUUGCACUUAAGUACUUAAGCGACUCGCAACUGUCAAGACUCUCAUUGGGCGGUCAAUCCUCAGGUCCAUGUCCAGACCCUAGCGCAAUGCUCUUGAGAAGACUCGCUGCAGAAAAGAGCAGCGUUGGACUCAGUAUACUGUCCCCCAGCAAUAUGUCUCUAGCUACCUGUAAGUACAUGAAGAAAUACGGACUGAUUGAAGGAGAAAACAGCAGUGAAGACGAGGAAGAGGACACCGUCCUGGUAGACUCAGCUCUCGGGUGUUCUGUACAGCAUGAAACGUCCAAGUAUGUGAGCGUUAAGCAAGACCGUGAAGACCAGAGUGCUGCGGUUCUCAAAAACAUUACAAACAAGCCAGUCGCCAAUCUCCACAUGUCUCCCAUUGACUCUCAAGAGCAGUUAAUCCUAGACUUGCGGCCCAAAAUGCAGCUGCUUAUGUGUGGCGGGACAAACCCAGAGAAGGAGAAUGACGCAAAGAAAGGUCUGACUCAACGUAGGUCCUCGCUAACUGAAAACCAGAGGACGCAGGCAGUCACGGAGCCUGAAGGGUCAGUGGGAAAUUUUCUGGAUCUGAGUAGGUUACGCCAGCUCCCCAAGCUCUUCUAAAAUGCAUCAUGGGGGUUUUCCAGACAGAUCCCUUUAACACACCAACAACUCGUCAAGAAAUGUCAGUUUGUUUUAAACCCAUCCUCGAAGAUUUAUCUUCCAUUGUUCGUUUACAUAGUAUAACACGAUUUUAUUUUUAAAAGUGUACAGACUCUUUUCAUCGAAAGCUUUUAAGUGUUUUGUUGUCUGUAACUUUUCAUCUUGUCACCUUAACGUUAUUUCCUUUCAUAUACAGGCUUAAAAGUUUUUACAUGUUUACCUGAUGACUCCUUAUGUGUCAUGUACAGUAUGAGUAAAGUGCCUUGUAUGAAGUGACUCACUUAAGGCAGUAUUGUUUACUAAUUUUAACUUUCCAAAUUUUGUCUUGUUUGUGCUAUUACUUGACUGUUGAUUUUUACCUCAAAUUGACAUGAACAGUUUCAGUGGGAGAAUUACUGUUUGAGUUUUUAUCCUUUUGUGUUUUGUAUGUUCUUUUUAGAUGACUUUAUGUAC